AGUCUGUAGGGGCAAGUGCUGUUGAGGCUACACGGGGGAUCUUUGUGGUGGUGGCGGUAGUUGGUGGUAGUGGUGGUGUUGGUGUCAUCAAGGCUCCUUGGGCUCGUGUGGUAUUCGUUCGUGAGGGGCAAGGGCUCAGCUCGCGGCUGUCGGUAAAGACCGAGAGAAAGCCGGGCGGCUGUCGGUGGGCCUCGCCAUGUUGUCGCGGCUGCGCCACCUGGACGCGUACGCGAAGCCGCUCGAGGAUUUCCGCGUGAAGACGAGCGGCGGGGCCGCGGUGACGUUGGUGAGUGCCGUAAUCAUCCUGCUGCUGUUCGUGUCGGAGCUUCAGUUCUACAUGAGCAAGGAGGUUUAUCCGGAGUUGUUCGUGGACACGACGCGUGGGGAGAAGCUCCGAAUUAAUAUGGACAUCACGUUUCCACACAUGGCCUGUGCCUUCUUGAGCAUCGACUCGAUGGAUGUGUCCGGGGAGCAGCAGAUUGACGUCUCGCACAACGUGUACAAGCAGCGACUGAGCCCAGAUGGCCAGCCUGUCGCUCAAGGUGCAGAGAAACACGAGGUGGGGAAGCUGGAGGAGGCGCCGCCAGUGGAGACGGGCGAACUGGACCCGGAUCGGUGCGAGAGCUGCUACGGGGCCGAGACGCCAGCCAUGCUCUGCUGCAACUCGUGCGACGACGUGCGGGAGGCGUACCGACUCAAGGGCUGGGCCUUCAAGAACCCGGACUCCAUCGAGCAGUGCCGGCGCGAGGGCUUCACGGACAAGAUGAAGGAGCAGGCUGGGGAGGGCUGCCGCAUCUACGGCUUCCUGGAGGUCAACAAGGUUGCCGGGAACUUCCACUUUGCUCCGGGAAAGAGUUUCCAGCAGGCUCACGUACAUGUCCAUGACCUCCAGACGUUUGGCUCUGAGAAGUUCAACCUGACGCAUCACAUCAAGCAUCUGUCCUUCGGCCAAGAGUAUCCAGGCAUAGUCAACCCCCUUGAUGGGACGAGCGCGGCUGCGGUGGAAGGCUCCAUGAUGUUUCAGUAUUUCGUGAAGAUUGUUCCAACUGUGUAUGUACGAGUGAAUGGGGAGGUUGUGCGGACGAAUCAGUUCUCGGUGACACAGCAUGUAAAGGCCAUCGGCAGUGGAUCGGUGGAGUCGGGGCUGCCCGGCGUGUUCGUCCAAUAUGAGCUCUCACCCAUGAUGGUUCGGCUCACCGAGAAGCACCGGUCGUUUCUCCACUUCCUGACUGGUGUCUGUGCCAUCGUGGGGGGCGUAUUUACAGUGGCUGGGUUGAUCGACAGCUUCAUCUACCACUCAACACGUGCCAUCCAACAGAAGAUGGAGCUUGGCAAGGCUUCCUGAAUUAGCGCACACU